AUGGGAAGUUCAAAGUCGAACGCAAUUAGAGACAUAGAUGAUAAAGAAGUUGCAAAGGUUAUUUAUUUGCGUACCUUAAAAGGCAAAUAAAUAGGGUAGACUCUUUACUUCAGACUAAGCAUAUCAAAGAAGCAAUUUUAAGUUACGUUCUCACCGGCAAUUUAAAAAUGUUUGAUGAAAGUCUAAAGCAGAUGGAAGGUAUUUCUCCUGAAGAAAAGAAGAAAAUGUUUGUCAAUAGCAAAUUUAAAACGGCCAAAAACAAAACUCAAAAACUUGAGAAUGAAUACGAAGAGGAAAAGAAAGAGAAACUUCCAGAAUUUAAUGAUAAAGAGCCUGACUUGAAAUUAAAAACAGAAAUUCCAGAUUCAACUCUUCCCCCAAUUAACAGGGAUGUCAAUAUCACAAAUAAUUUAGGAUAUGAAGAAGAUUUAAAUUUCAGCAACCCAAUGGAAGAAUCGAAAAAUAAAAUCCUCGAUGAUGAAGAGAAAUCAGGCAACAAUGAAGACCUUGAGCAAGAUAAAUCAGGAAAAGACGAGCUAUAUGAUGACGACCUUAAAAACCAAUUCAGAUAUGAAUACGUUAUUACAAUUAGCUUCUGGCUUGCAAUUCAUUGAGGGCACAAAGACAUCGUCAACUACAUAUUGAAGUGAAAUAGUCUCAUGAGAAAGUUGGUGGCGUCGAUAUACUCUACACAGAACGAUAGGUCCCCUGGGAGAAGUUCCAGAGAUGAUGGGAAUAAUCGAACAAAGAAAAUUUUGACGAAUAGUCCGCCUAAAGAUGACACAGGAUUUAACAGAGCAUAUCAACGCACUAAGAAUCAAAGCAAAAAGUUGUUGUCAAUGCAGGAUCAAAAGAGAGACCAAAUUAUCACGAGGAAUGUCGAAUCUCAGGAGAAGGAUAACACCAUGCUUGAGGGAGGAGAAGAAAACAAGCAAGAUCAUAGUGAGAGCGAUAACUUUGCCUCAGAUGAAGAAUCAAAGGUCAAAGAUUCUGAUGGAAGCUCCUCUAUGGAAGAUAUGAGAGAUUUAAACGAACAAAUCAAGAAUAGUGGCAUUCCUUCUGCAACUAUUGACAAGUACCAGGAACUAGAUGACGAUGAUAUUUUAGAAGUAAAAAUUCUGAUGAUGAAGUACAACCCUACAUUUAUGGCUAAUUUAUUAAAGAUUCUGAUUGGCAUUGAUGAAGAAAAAUUAGCUUGCUUUAUGCUAGCUUAUUAUGACACCGAUAUCACUGAGAAAAUAGUUCGAGAUACUAUCCAUAGAGAUUUCUUUAUACUUCUCAAUUAUAUAUGGGCAUUUGGAAAGAAUAAAUAUCAGGAAGGCCCUGAACAGUUUAUAAGCUAUUCUGAGUUAUUUUACAUGAUAAAGGAGUUAAAAGAUAAUAAAUCUGAAGAACUCUCAAAGAUUAUUAUUCAAAUAGUAAAUUGGUUGGUAGAGACUGAUGACAAUAUUCUUAUUGCUUUACUAGAGCAUGAAUAUGACCAAAUUGCACUGGAUUAUAUUGGCUAUUAUAGCGUACAUAUCAACACUGAACUUCUCCUCUAUUGUCUAAAGAAUGGAAAUGAGCCUUUUCUCAAAGGAGCUCUUAAGCUAUCAGCUUUUGAUAAGUUGAUCUUUAGAAAGGAUGAAGUUGUGUCACAAUUCAUCACUUUGCUAAAAGGAGGAAGCCGGAUGAACUAUCUCCUUAACAUCUUGGCUCUUGUGGAUCUUUCAAUAUGGAAAAACCAGCAUUUAAAGGAGCUCAUUGAAGUGCUUGAUGAAUAUGAAAGUAAUCCUCUUGAGGAAAAUCGUCUUUUGCUCUCAUAUAAUCCGAUCAUGAGUAUCUGAUUGGCAGCUGAGAUUUUAACAAAGAUAGCUAUUAGUAGAAGAAAAUUAGAAAAUGAAUGAAAGAGAAUCAAAUCAGCUCUCCUCUCUUUAGGAAGAAUGUAUAGUUCAAAAAUUCAGGAUGAGGAUUAUUACGAACAGCUAAUCUCUGAUGUUGACUUUAAGGGAAGAACAGUCCUUAAAAUUAUUUGUGAAGAAAAAUUUGAACCACUGAUGGAUGAAAAUGACCCAAAGGCUGAAAAUAUGAUGCUUAGAAUUUGGCAUGGAACUGAAGCAACGAAAUGUGAUGGAAUAUUAAAUGGGUAUUCUUCUUUGACACAUAUUUUGAAUAGUAGUACAAAGAAGCUGACUGGGACCUUUAUGAGCAUCAUUUCCAACUCAUAUAAUCCAAACUUUCAGGUUGAUUACUCCUUCCAGUAUAGAUAUCGGACAAAAGCAGUAUCAGUAUCUUUUAGGAAGGAGCUUUUCUAUUCUUUCUGAAUCUUGCUCAUCUUUCAGUAUGUCAAUAUCAGGUACAUCUCUCUGUUUAAUGUCGAUGCUAUGGGAGAAGAUGAUGAUAUAAAAAUUGCUAAUUUAAAAGAAGCUAAGAAGGAAUAUGAUUUAUUGAAUAAUUACACUUUGGUAUUCUGCUUAGCUCUCAUCUUCCAAUUUUUCCUGAAGCUGUUGUAUAAUAUUUGAGCCAAAAUUAAAAUUCCUAUAGACAAAUGGACUAUUAUGGACUCUAUUUGUGGGAUCUUCAACCUUUUAGCCAUUUAUGUGGUGGCGUUUACUCCCAACAAAAAGUUUCUAGAAAGAGAGUACAAGGAUUACCUUGAUUAUUUCAUGCUAUUCGUGAUGAUAGUCUCUUGGGCUAGGUUCUUUCUGUAUUUUCUGCUUGAAAAAUCAAUAUCAAAACUCCUUCUCACUCUUGUUGAAAUGGUUGGAGAUACUCUUUCAUUUUUACUUUUGAUUGGGUGAUAUAUUCUUGUUCAGGCGAGUAUUUUUACAACUCUCUUUCAGGAUACUUUGCCUGAUAAUUAUGGGUCAAUGAUCUUGUCCUUUAGAACUCUUUUUGAUGCUGGAUUGGCUGUGUAUUCUUACAAAGGAAUGGAAAGUAAGGAAAUAGUACACUCAAUCUUAUUGAUCCUUCAUGUAUUUGUGACUAAUGUGCUGUUACUGAAUUAUUUAAUCGCUAUUCUUUCCACAACUUAUGAGAACAUGCAACAGAGUGGUAUUUUUAAGUACAAAGUUAACCUUUAUCAGUACUGUGAGAGAUACAUGAGAGCAUAUGAAGAAGGGGAGCUAGGCGAAUUGGUAUUACACCCAACACCAACCUCCUCUCUUUCUGUAUGAUUGCUUCCAUUCUUUGUAUGAAGAAAGCUGUUUAAUAAGCUUUCAAAAAUAUUUAGUUAUACUGUUUUCUGGGCAGAGAAUUUUGUGGUGCUUAUUUUAUUCUUAAUCUAUGAAUGUACAAUCCUGUUUCUGACAUAUGGGAAAGUAUAUCUGAACAUUGUCCGUGCAAGCGAAGGUCUGUUCACAAAGAUUUUCUUUGUUGGAAUAUGGGUGGUUUUUGGAAUAGCCAUUCUUGUAAUGUUCAUCGUAUACGACAUGAUCAGCCUGACUCGUAUCCUCCUCAUGCAUAAUGGUUGCCGGAUGUAUAUGAAUGAAGAAGAGGAUGAAGAGGUCUUUGAUGUUAGUAAGAAGCUCGAAAUAUUUAACCAACUCAGGAACACUAUGAUAAACAUGUUCAUCAAAGCCAAGAUAGAUGUUAAGAAUAGUAUCGGAAUCCACUCAAAAUCAGUUGCAAAGUCUAUUUCCAACACUGAAAUGAAGAAGGGGGGUGUAAAAAGCCUGAUGUCUCCUACUAAUAGUCAUAUAAAUAUGAGCGUGAUCUCAAAAAUCAAAAGUGGAUUUGAAGAUAAGUCUGAAUUUGGAAUUGAUGAUAAUGAUGCUGAAAUACUUUCAGAUUACCACCAAUUCUUUGUACAAAGAAAGCAAGCCAUUAUUGAUCAGUGGGAGAAGGACCUGUCAGAAGAAAAGAAAAUUCAGUUGAGAAAUCGAUCAGAAAAGAGAUAUUUUGGAGAAAAUGUCGAUGAAGAUGAGAGCGAAGAAGAUCUGUAUGCUUCAGAAGAAGAUCUGCAAAUAGCAAAGGAAUUUUUGGAAAAGUUUGUUAUUCAGUCUGAAUCCUCUGUUGAUGGCCAGAUUGAUCUUCAAUUGGUGCUAAAAGCCUUACCAGAUAGUAUCAAAAUGUACUCAGUCUUGAAAAUGGAGCUAUUUAAUUUUAAGAUAUUUCAAGAUAGCUUACUUGCACAUCAGAACACAGAGAUAGUAGACGCAUUCGAAUAUUUUGAUAAAAGAAACAAGGAAAGAGUUUAUGGGAUCAAAGAUACUUUGCUUACCCAAAAACAAGAGCUUCUAAAUGUUCGUGAAAGUCUGACUAGUGUGCAAGAGAAGCUGAAGAGAACUGAUGAAGGAGGUAGUCAGACUAAUCCGAGAGCUCAUUCUGCUUUCUCAAAACCAGAUGGAACAAAGAGGCAUUUACUAUUCAAUGAAAUGAGGGAUAAGGAAGAAAGGAAAAUAUCACUAAGCAAAUCUGACAAUAAGGAAAGAAGAAGUAUCGAAAGUCAGGAGAAUUUCAGGCAGGACUUCGCAAAGAAUCAUGACUUUUAAC